CAGGGACCAAAUCUGAGCAGGGGAAAUGCAGGUCACAUGGUGGUGGGGAAGGUGAAAUUAGUAAGAAGUGUUGCCAACAAAAACAUUGAAAGGCGUGAUGUGGGAAAACAUAAGGGUGGAGUGAUAGAAACACGACAUAGUUUGAGGCCACACAAGCCAUGUAGUACGAGUGAUGAAGCUAUUCACUUUACAGAGGAAGAAGAAGAAUAUAGAGAUGAAGGAAAUGAUAGUUUUAAAGAUGUUAGUGUAGGAGGGAGAACUAAUAAUGAUGAUGAUUUUGAGGACGUACAAGUACAGAAGAAUGAUGAAGACAAAGCUUUGGGUAAAAAAGAGGAGGAAGGGAAAGUUAAUAAUGCUGAAAGAAGGAUACCAAACACUGAACACAAGGUCAUCUCUGCACGUGUUUGUACUUGCACUUAAAAAGUUGAAUGAGAGGCAAAAAGAAGACGUAGUUAAGAUCAGUUUUGAAAGUAUGUUGCAACUUAGGAUACAUGAAUUGCC